AUGCCGGGAGACCACAGACGCAUCAGAGGUCCGGAGAAGUCACAGUCACCCAUCUUAUAUGCGCCUCCGGAUCAGGCGCUAAAGGUGUAUACUGGGGAAUACAUCCCUACUCGAGACCCUCGGCGCCAGCAGCCUGUGUAUGUGAGGGCGGGUCACCUGAGCCAGGCCACCGGCUCUGCCUACUUGGAGUCGGGGGACACCAAGCUCGUGGUGUCUGUGCAGGGCCCACGCCAGGCCAAGUGUGGGGAGCCACCGAUCGGGCUCGAAGGCCGUCUAGUAUGCGACUUCCGCCGGGCACCUUUCUCAACCCCGGGCCCCCGGAGAUCUCCUUCUAACAGCAACGAGAAGGAGCUGAGCCUGGCCCUUCAGGAGGCGCUUGUGCCGGCGGUGCAGUUGCAGCGCUACCCCAGAAUCCUGCUCGAGGUGUCUCUUCUGGUGCUCCAGGAUGGUGGCUCAGCUUUGGGUGCUGGUAUCACGGCGGCAUCUGUGGCCUUGGCAGACGCCGGCAUUGAGAUGUUCGACCUUGUGGCGGGCUGUGGCCUGGCCCUGCCUCCGGGCGCCAAUUCAGCCUGGCUCUUAGAUCCGGUCUUAUAUGAGGAGCAGCAGGCUGCGAUUGGCCUUACCGUGGCACUUAUGCCGGCGAGCAACCCGGUGUCCGGCCUGUUGGGCGGCGGAGAGGGCUGCGACUCCGAUCGUUGGGCGGAAGGCAUCCGACUCGGCAUGGAAGGCUGCCAGCACCUGUACCCCACGAUGCAGAAGUGCCUAGAGGGAGCCACCAGGAGAAGAAGAAGUCGAAAUCCAAGCCCAAGCCCAAGCCCAGAGGGUGGCAGAGCAAUGCCAGGAGGCUCAGCAGCCUCCCACUCAGCCGGCAAAGUAAUCGGCCAGUUCCGAGGUACAAACGCCAGCUCUCCCCUUCUUCUAACUCUGGCUGUUUCACUCUUUACAAAUUUGACUCUCCGGAAGGGGAGUCAGAAGAUUUCUUCAUUCCCUCCUUCCUUCACUUACCACUGUUUAAUCCUUUUUUGAAAGCAAAAUCAAGAGACUUUACCAUCACCAUCAUUAUUGCCAUCAGAACUUUCUCACUUCUUGGAAACGGGGAACUAAACCUCCACAUACCAUCUACUCCUACCUCUCCCUUUGGGAAGCUGUGUCACCUAAAAGCAAUGACUACCAUACUACCUGAAGAUCUUGAACUGUGAACUUUGUUCUCUCUGAAGACCUAGAGGACUGAGCAAAUGGGAAAGGACAAGGGAGGGAGAAAGGACUGAUUACCACAUAUAUAU